UACGAGGAGGUGAUUCGGGAGGAGAGCGCGGCCGACUGGGCUCUGUACACGUACGAGGACGGCUCAGAUGACCUCAAGCUUGCAGCAUCAGGAGGUGGGGGUCUGCAGGAGCUCUCCGGCCACUUUGAGAACCAGAAGGUGAUGUACGGCUUCUGCAGCGUCAAGGACUCCCAGGCCGCUCUGCCAAAAUAUGUGCUCAUCAACUGGGUUGGUGAAGAUGUGCCUGAUGCCCGAAAAUGCGCGUGUGCCAGCCAUGUGGCUAAGGUGGCUGAGUUCUUCCAGGGUGUCGAUGUGAUUGUGAAUGCCAGCAGCGUGGAAGACAUAGAUGCGGGCGCCAUCGGCCAGCGUCUCUCCAACGGGCUGGCGCGGCUCUCCAGCCCCGUGCUGCACCGACUGCGGCUGCGCGAGGACGAGAACGCCGAGCCGGUGGGGACCACCUAUCAGAAAACUGAUGCAGCUGUGGAAAUGAAGCGGAUUAACCGGGAGCAGUUCUGGGAGCAGGCCAAGAAGGAGGAGGAGCUGAGGAAGGAGGAGGAGCGGAGGAAGGCCCUGGACGAGAGACUCAGGUUCGAGCAAGAGCGGAUGGAGCAGGAGCGCCAGGAGCAGGAGGAGCGGGAGCGGCGCUACCGAGAGCGGGAGCAGCAGAUCGAGGAGCACAGGAGGAAACAGCAGACUUUAGAAGCCGAGGAGGCCAAGCGGCGGUUGAAGGAGCAGUCGAUCUUUGGUGACCAGCGGGAUGAGGAGGAGGAGACCCAGAUGAAGAAGUCAGAGUCGGAGGUAGAGGAGGCAGCGGCCAUUAUUGCCCAGCGGCCUGACAACCCACGGGAAUUCUUCAAGCAGCAGGAACGAGUUGCAUCAGCCUCUGCAGGCAGCUGCGAUGCACCCUCACCCUUCAACCAUCGGCCAGGCAGCCACCUGGACAGCCACCGGAGGAUGGCACCUACCCCCAUUCCCACCCGGAGCCCAUCUGACUCCAGCACGGCUUCCACCCCUGUCGCCGAACAGAUUGAACGGGCUCUGGAUGAGGUCACGUCCUCGCAGCCUCCACCACUGCCACCUCCACCCCCUCAAGAGACCCAGGAGCCCGGGCCCGGCCUGGAUGGCAAAGAGACCAGCCAAGAGGCCAGAGCAGCAGCCCCUCCGGCCUGGGCCGGCCCCGUGGAGGAGCCCCCGCAGGCCCCGGAGCCUCCCCCGGGGCAGGGCAGCCCCACGGAGGACCUGAUGUUCAUGGCAUCUCCGGAGCAGGCUGUCCUGGCCGCCCCUCUGGAGCCUGCCGUGGCCAAUGCCGCCACAGCGGACACCCCGGCAGCCGAUGCCAUUGAAGCCGACACUGCCACUGCUGACACCGCUGUUGCCAACGCCAUCACCCCCGCUGCUGCCAGCCUCAUUGACCUGUGGCCUGGCAACGGGGAGGAGGCCUGCAGAGCCCAGGCUGAGCCUAGGGUCCCCACACCUCCCGCGGGUGCCGAGGUGCCCCUGAUAGACGAGGUGGCUGAGGAACCACUGCCCCUGGCAGGCAAAGGCUGUGCCAACCUUCUCAAUUUUGAUGAGCUGCCUGAGCCGCCAGCUACCUUCUGUGACCCAGAGGAGGAAAUAGAAGGGGAGCCCCUAGCUGCCCCCCAGGUCCCAACUCUGCCCUCGGCUCUAGAGGAGCUGGAGCAGGAGCCAGAGCUGGAGCCAGAGCCAGAGCCCCAUCUGCUGACCAAUGGCGAGACCACCCAGAAGGAGGGGACCCAGGCCAGUGAGGGGUACUUCAGCCAAUCACAGGAGGAGGAGUUCGCCCAAUCGGAAGAGCUGUGCGCAAAGGCCCCGCCUCCUGUGUUCUACAACAAACCUCCAGAAAUCGACAUCACCUGCUGGGAUGCAGACCCAGUACCAGAAGAGGAGGAGGGCUUCGAGGGCGGUGAUUAGCGGGGCGCCAGCCCUCAGGCUGCCCUUGCGAAGGCCGCCCACCUGUGCCGGCCUCUGGCCAGACGGCCCGUCGCGCCUGCACUCGCAGCAGCUCCGCCUGGCACCCACUCCGGAUUCCGGCCCUGGCCGGGGACUUGGCCGCUUCCCUACCCACAGGGCCCGACUUUUACAGCUUUUCUCUUUUUUUUAAAGUUGAUAGGAGACUUGUACAGUUGACUGGUUUUCCUCCCGUUGGUAGUUGAGACGCUGUUGCAAAUUCUACCCCGUCCCCGCCCGGUCCAGAUUGUAGCUUAGUCCUCCCUGCUCACUCAAGCUGGCCGGAGUGGAGGCCUCACCCUACUUGGGGCCUGGCGUCGGGGGAGCUCUGGUGGGAAAAUGUCCCACCUCCUUUCCUAGUUUUAUGUUUCUUGGAAAAAUAUCACUUUGUAUUCUCUGUCCAGGGCUUCAGAUAUUUUGCACGAAUUUUAAAACAUGGCAAUAAAUGGCUCGUGGGCUCUGGCUCCCUGGGACCCCCUCCCCGCCCUUCUCUUGACCCCUCCCCGCCUGGCCCAAAGGAAGUAGGCCCAGCUGGGGCCCCUCAGCUUCCAGGCCCUUUCCUGCCCCCCUCCUGCUGGGCAGGUCCCAAGCUGGAGGCCCUAGGCGCGGACCAGGUCAGGGCUAUCGGCUAUCGGUGGGGCCUGGGGCUUGGAUGGCCCCUCCCCGACUCCUCCCUCUUUGCUUGGGUUCCUUUUUCACGUUCAGUAACUGUUUUUUGGAAAGCACAAACUUCUGUAACGGGUCGUGCUCAUGUCUGUUAAUAAAGAAAUCCAGAUCCC